AAGUGCUUUAAAGAAGAACUUCAUUACCCACAGUCCCCCGCGCUUACGUAGACGUAAACGACGGCAUCAAGAUGGUGCUGGAAAGUACAAUGGUCUGCGUGGACAACAGUGAGUAUAUGCGGAAUGGAGACUUCCUGCCCACCAGGCUGCAGGCCCAGCAGGAUGCUGUUAAUAUUGUUUGUCACUCCAAGACUCGCACUAACCCUGAAAACAAUGUGGGCCUCAUCACUAUGGCAAACAACUGUGAGGUGCUGACCACACUCACUCCAGACACGGGACGAAUACUUUCCAAGCUGCAUGCUGUGCAACCUCAAGGGGACAUUUGUUUUUGCACCGGGAUAAGGGUUGCACAUCUGGCACUGAAGCACCGACAAGGCAAAAACCACAAGAUGAGAAUUAUAGCAUUUGUUGGUAGCCCAGUGGAGGACAACGAAAAAGAGUUGGUCAAAAUGGCAAAGCGUCUGAAGAAAGAAAAGGUCAAUGUAGAUGUCAUUAACUUUGGGGAAGAGGAGAUGAACACAGAGAAGCUGACUGUGUUCAUCAACACACUUAAUGGAAAAGAGGGAGCGGGCUCCCACCUGGUCACGGUACCUCCAGGGCCCAGUCUGGCCGACGCUCUGUUGUCCUCACCUAUCUUGGCAGGAGAAGGAGGUGCUGUGUUGGGCCUGGGUGCUAGUGACUUUGAGUUUGGUGUGGAUCCCAGCGCAGACCCCGAGCUGGCCCUGGCUUUGCGCGUGUCCAUGGAGGAGCAGAGACAACGACAGGAGGAUGAAGCUCGCAGAGCUGCUGUGGCAUCAACAACUGAGACCAGCAUUUCCUCCCCUGCUGCAGAUGAAUCUGAAGAUGCCUUGUUGAAGAUGUCUGUUCCAAAUACAGAGUCAUCCACACCUGCCCUACCAGACUUCAGUCGCAUGACGGAGGAUGAACAGAUUGCCUAUGCUCUGCAGAUGUCCAUGCAGGGCCCAGGAGCAGAGUUUGGUGCUGAUGACAUGGACACGGGUGCUGACAUGGAUUCCAGUGAGGUUAAGGAUGAAGAGGACUAUGAUGUAAUGCAGGACCCAGAGUUCCUUCAGAGUGUUUUAGAAAACCUCCCUGGAGUUGACCCCAACAAUGAGGCGAUCCGUAAUGCUAUGGGCUCUCUGUCUUCCCAAGGAGGUUCUAAACCCAACAACAAGAAGGAGGAAGAGAAAAAGAAAUGAGUGUCCAGAGUUUAAAAAGAAAAAAGAAGUGAAGCUCCAUUUAAAAUACAAUAAAUAAUAGAGACCUGAUAA